GAGGAAGAGCCUGCGGACCCGCCAAUCCUCUGAGGACGUUUACUUCUCCAAGUCAGAACAACUAAAGCCCCUAAAGACAUACGUGGACCCCCACACAUACGAGGACCCCAACCAGGCUGUGCUUAAGUUCACCACUGAGAUCCAUCCAUCCUGUGUCACGCGGCAGAAGGUGAUUGGCGCAGGGGAGUUUGGGGAGGUGUACAAAGGGACCCUGAAGGCAUCAGGGAAGAAGGAGGUGCCCGUGGCCAUCAAGACGCUGAAAGCCGGCUACACAGAGAAGCAGCGGGUGGACUUCCUGAGUGAGGCCAGCAUCAUGGGCCAGUUCAGCCACCACAACAUCAUCCGCCUGGAGGGUGUCGUCUCCAAAU